AUGGGAAAAACGCAAAUAUGGGAAAAACGCAAGUAUGGGAAAAACGCAAGUAUGGCAAAGACGAAAAUAUGGCAAAGACGCAAAUAUGGCAAAGACGAAAAUAUGGCAAAGAUGCAUAUAUGGCAAAGACGUAAAUGUGGCAAAGACGCAAAUGUGGCAAAGACGCACAUAUGGCAAAGACGCAAAUAUGGCACAGAUGCAAAUAUGGCAAAGACGCAAAUAUGGCAAAGACGCAAAUAUGGCAAAGAUGCAAAUAUGGGAAAAACGCAAUUAUGGGAUAAACGCAAAUAUGGGAAAAUCGCAAAUAUGGGAAAAACGCAAAUAUGGGAAAAACGCAAUUAUGGGAAAAACGCAAAUAUCGGAAAAACGGAAAUAUGGGAAAAACGCAAAUAUGGGAAAAAUGCAAAUAUGGGAGAAGAUAAACUUGUGGUUCACGAAAUAUAUGAGAAACGCAAAUAUGGGAAAAACGCAAAUAUGAGAAAACGCAAAUAUGGGAAAAACGCAAAUAUGGGAAAAACGCAAAAAUGGGAAAAACGCAAAUAUGGGAAAAACGCAAAUGUGGGAAAAAUGCAAAUAUGGAAAAAACGCAAAUAUGGGAAAAACGCAAAUAUGGGAAAAACGCACAUAUGGGAAAAACGAAAAUAUGGGAAAAACGCAAAUAUGGGAAAAUCGCAAAUAUGGGAAAAUCGCAAAUAUGGGAAAAUCGCAAAUAUGGGAAAAAUCGCAAAUAUGGGAAAAUCGCAAAUAUGGGAAAAUCACAAAUAUGGGAAAAACGCAAAUAAGGGAAAAACGCAAAUAUGGGAAAAACGGAAAUAUGGGAGAAACGCAAAUAAGGGAAAAACGCAAAUAUGUGAGAAACGCAAAUAA